GUAGCCAGUCGUCACAGUAACCACCAAGUGCGAGAAUCGAGUCGGCGGGCGCGGCCAUAUUGAUUAAUUUGUGUUAGAGGUGUUCAGUGUGUUUUGUGUUCCGAAAUCCCAAAUCAUCGAAAAUGGCUGAACGCGAAAAUAACGUUUACAAGGCGAAGCUGGCCGAGCAGGCUGAGCGCUACGAUGAAAUGGUUGAUGCCAUGAAGAAGGUCGCUUCCAUGGAUUUGGAGCUGACGGUGGAGGAGAGGAAUUUGCUGUCGGUCGCCUAUAAGAAUGUGAUUGGAGCACGACGAGCAUCUUGGCGCAUAAUCACCUCUAUUGAGCAGAAGGAGGAGAACAAGGGCGCCGAGGAGAAGCUGGAGAUGAUUAAGAACUACCGCGGACAGGUGGAGAAGGAGCUGCGCGACAUCUGCUCGGACAUCCUGAAUGUGCUGGAGAAGCAUCUCAUUCCGUGCGCCACCACGGGCGAGGGCAAGGUGUUCUACUAUAAAAUGAAGGGUGACUACCAUCGCUACCUGGCGGAGUUCGCCACGGGAAGUGACCGCAAGGAGGCCGCUGAGAACUCCCUGGUGGCCUACAAGGCGGCCAGCGACAUAGCAAUGACAGAUCUUCCACCAACACAUCCCAUCCGACUGGGUCUGGCGCUGAAUUUCUCCGUAUUCUACUAUGAAAUUCUCAAUUCGCCCGACCGUGCCUGCCGCCUAGCAAAAGCUGCAUUUGAUGAUGCCAUUGCGGAACUUGACACCCUCAGCGAAGAGAGCUACAAAGAUUCAACGCUAAUAAUGCAAUUAUUAAGAGACAACCUCACACUUUGGACAUCCGACAUGCAAGGAGACGGUGAAGGUGAACAGAAGGAGCAAAUUCAGGACGUCGAAGAUCAGGACGUAUCGUAAUUUAGGUGUUUUAAUCCUAAUUAAUUUUUAUUAUAAGAUUAAUAAAAAAAAGGAAGAAAAAGAUAAAAAAUAAAUUAAUAGUAUAAGCAUUAAGUAAGUGUAAUUGUUUCAUCUUAAUAAACACAACAAUCCAAAAUCUAAUAUAGAAAUUGUGAGGAAGGAAAAUACAUUUGUGAAGAAGAAAUAUUCAUAACGCGCAGAGUAAUGGAAUAAAAUGGAAUACAACAUUUUUGAGUAUAAAGGAAAAAAAAACAGAUAAAUUGCAAACACAUCAUCAGCAUAACAAUAUUUACUAUUAAAUUAAAAGAAUGGCAGAGAGCAUAAAAGAAGUGUGAAGAGAGAGGACACAUUGCAUUACAGACUUUGUAAUAACUGCUAAGGAAUGAAAAAAAAUAUAAAUAUUACUUUGAAUUACGGCAUAAUGAUGGAUAAAUAUAUAUUACUUACACAAUUAUUAAAGGUUAUUUUUCAUGAAUGAAUUUGUAAAAUUAAUAGUGACAGCUUAUAUAAUAUUGAAUGAAAAUAUAAUGUUAAAAUCAUCAGUGGUAGUGAAAAAAAAACAGUCAGAUAGUAAAGAACGCGCAGAGAAAUCAGGCAGUCAAAUUUGGUAUUAUAUAAAUUAUGAAAAAAUGAAUAAAGAAGGAUGGAAAACAAUGGUAGACAGAGACUUUGGUGGAUUAUAAAAGGACAAAAACGCAUUGCUACUAUUGUUAGGUUACAAUGAACUUAAGAAAUUAACAGUGGUAUAUGUCACAGUAUAUACUAAAUUAAAUAUAACGUAUUGAGUAUAAUGGAUGAAGAAAAAAAAACAAGUAGAAAGCAUUGCCGUCUCAAUUUUUUAAUUUAUAUUCUUUCUUAGUUGAUAAACUGUAAUCUUUGCAAAUAUGUUUAGCGCAGAAGAGAGAAGAAGAAGAAAAAUGAUGAAGCAAAAAUGGCGUGAAUAGGAAACUGAAGCAUUAUAAUGUAACACACAGGAGAUGAAAAAGCAGUGAAAACAUUGUAGAUUACAUUGUUUAUUUCGUAACAAGUAAAAUAUUUCUCUUAAUAUUUAAACAAGAAGCAAAAGAGAAAAAAGGAGGUGAAAAAGAAGUAUUGCUCUUCAUUGCAAUAUUUGAAGAAGAAAAAAUAAUGAUAAACACUCCUGAAAUGUCGACUUAUUGCAUUUCAUCUCAAUCUUCAAGCGGUAUUUUACAUCUAUUUACUUUGUAAGGGACAUUUUUUCUUUGAUUCAAUCUUUCACAAUCUUAUCAUACAAAAUACACACACACACACAAACAAACUCUUAUAGCGAAGGGACAAAAGAUAUACAGAGGAUGAUAAUAAGGAUACAAUUUUUAAAUAUUAAUUAUCUUUAACAAGUGAGAGAAAAUGCUUUAAAACACGGUACAUUGCCAGAAUUUCAAUUAAAAACAUUUCCUAAAUAUAUUUUGUGUAUGUUUUCUUGUUCAACAGACUUAAGAAUACACUUUUUUUACAUCUAAGGGAAAAAAAAGAUUAAAUACAGAAGAAAUAACACAACCUCUCAAGAGAAAAGACACAAUAUUUCAAGUGAAAUCUUCUUAAGCACAAGAAUCAAUUUUUACAUAGAAGAGAUUUUCAGUGUAUUUUAACCUUAAGAGAAAAAAAAUGAAUGCGAAAGUGGAAAAAACGUAUUGAUGAAAAACCAUUAAAAAAUAGAACAAUUUAUCAAGAGCUUGUCGAAUUUUUAAGAGAAGAAAAAGAUGGUUAAGGAAAACAGACACUUUUCAAUGGACGACGGAGAAGAAAAACUUACGAUUCUACUCUUAAGUUAUUUAAAAAAAAAUAUAUCUUUUUCUAACAUGUUUGAGGAAAAACUUUAUGUGAGGAAAAAAUGUACCAUAAUUCCUUCGGAAAUUCGUGUAUCUUUUUAUUUUAACUCUUGUUUAUUCCAUCUGUUAUUUAUUUUUGUUACGAACGGCCCCGCGAUUGACGAAAGAUGCGAGAGAGCCAAUAUCAUUCCCACUCUACGGAUCGCGGCUGAUUGAAGAGCUCGAUGGCGAUGCGCGCAUCCUGAGUUUGGGGCCAACGAAUCAGUAAAGAAAUCUAAUGAAUAUAAGAGUAUGAUUUUUUGCGAAGAUGACUCUGAGAAUGACUAAAUUUUAAAGUGGAAAAUAAAAAUGUAUGAUAAAUCA